CUUGCUAAUGACGGCAGCCGCAGUGUCCUCAUUCGUCACGACAGCAGCACGAUCGUCUCGAUGGGCACGAUGAUGGAAACGGAAUCGGUCAAGUCGGAACCGGGUAGCAAAAGCAGACGAUCACGCACAACUCAAAACCAGCAGCAGCAGCAGCAGCAGCAGUCCCAGCAACAUCACAGCACACUUGGAUCGCAUCGAACGCGUCAUUCGCAUCGCAGCAGCAGCAACAAUCAUUCCCGCAGCGGCAACAACCCCAAGCGUCCGGAUAUGGCACCGUUCCAAACCAGUGUCAACCUGGGCGACGAUGGUCGGGAUGGGCAGGAAAUCAUCGAGGUAUCGAUCCUGCCGCAGGACGAAACGUGGGGCGACAAUACGACCGCCAUCACGGGCAACACUUCCGAGCAGAGCAUUUCGAUGGAGGACGUCAGCUAUUUCCAGAUGUCGGACGAUCGUGGCGUAGGGUUCGCCUGUCAGCGCUAUCUGGAGCGCGGGUUAGCCGUACUGCUGUGUGCGGUCGCCUUCGUAAGCCCACUGGCCAUGGUUGUGCUGCCGCGGCUUGGCUUCUUCCCGUCCGCAUUCGACAGCUUAGACCUGACGCAGAACGAACGGUUGCGGCUGGUGGCGUGUAAUGCCGAGUGCAAGGGCAUGCUGGUGUCGUUGGCCGCCCGGCUAUUGCUGCUAGCGAUCGGACUGUGGGCCCUGUUCCUGCGCCAACCUCUCGCUAUUAUGCCGCGCAUCUUUCUGUUCCGUUCGUGCGCCCUGCUGCUUGUGCUGAUCUCUUCCUUUGCCUACUGGCUGUUCUACAUCGUCCAGGUGACCGAGGGUGCCCGCGCAAUUGUUUCCGGUUCGUCGGUGGUCGAUUACAAGACGCUGGUCGGGUACGCUACUAGCUACUGUGAUACGCUGCUGUUUGUGCAUUAUGUAUCGGUUGUGCUGCUCGAGAUUCGUCACCUACAGCCGCUCUACCACGUGAAGGUGAUCCGCAGUCCGGAUGGCGAAUCGCACAGCUACAGUAUCGGGCAGCUUAGUAUUCAGCGGGCGGCCGUAUGGGUGCUGCAACGGUACUACACCGAGUUCAGCAUCUACAACCCAUACCUCGAGCGGUUACCGGUGUCGAAAGCGCAACGCAAAGCGGCCGCCGUGUCUUCCUUCAAGUACUACGAUGUGGACGGGGCCACACCGGCCCAGCAGCAAAGCCAAUCGCGGGCCGUCCUUGCGGCCCACGCUCGUCGCCGCGAUUCUUCCCACAACGAGCGCUUCUACGAGGAGCACGAGUACGAACGGCGGGUUAAGAAACGACGGGCCCGGUUGGUCACCGCUGCCGAGGAAGCGUUCACGCACAUCAAACGUCUCCAGCAACCUGGCGCACCGCAGCAGCAUGAGCAGCAAGGCGAUGGUGGAAGUACGGCCCCGCCCGCCAUACCGCUCGACCCACAGGAAGCGGCCCAAGCAAUCUUUCCCUCGAUGGCAAGGGCGCUGCAAAAGUAUCUGCGCGUGACGCGCCAGCAACCGCGCCACACCGUCGAAUCGAUCCUGAAGCAUCUGGCGCACUGUCUCAAGCACGACAUGUCACCGCGUGCCUUCCUCGAGCCGUACCUCGUCGAAGCGCCGGUACUGCAAAACGACAAGGAACGACGCACCAACCACAACUGGUCGCUAAUCUGUGACGAGCUGCUAUCCCGGCCACUCUCAGACGGCUGCACGUUCCAGCUGAUCCAGAACGAUGUGUCGCUGACGGUGUCGAUACACCGGAUACCGCACUUUACCGUCAGCGAGGAGGUGGUCGAUCCGAAGUCGAACAAGUUUGUGCUAAAGCUCAACUCCGAGACGAGCGUGUGACCG